AUGAAGUUCACCGCAGCUGCUCUCAUCGCCUUCCUCGCUGGUGCAAAAGCCGUCAGUGCAAUUAAUGUCUGGGCCACCUUCUGUUCCGACGCGGCAGGAACCAAGGACUGCUCAAUCGACUUCCAGGUCUCGAACCCCGGCUGUUUUAGCGUCAGCCCCGGCAGCGCCAAGUAUGUCAGGUUCCACCCCAGACCUGGCUUUCAAGAUCCGUUCGCCUCCAAAACAUACUCGCUGAUCGUUUCGCCCAGGGGCGGCUGCCCGUGCCAGUCAAACAAACAGAUUUUUCCACCCAACGAGGUCGGGACCAAGGGCAGGGUCAUCAAACUCAACGAUGGUGUCGCUUCCCAGCCCUCGUACCGCUUCGUCAGCGGCAAAGCUGGCCCUAACAACUGCUAG